AUGAUAAAUUUGAAAGAAGACGCAAAAAGGUUAAUUCUUUCUACUAUUUGUUUGGUUAAAGUUGGAUCAAUUAUUUGUAAAAUUCAGUUAUUUGUCUUUUCGUGUGUUUUAUAUAUUUUCAUUUGUUUAAUGUUUCUUAUUUCUACUGUAUAUCAAGUCCAAAUAUGGUUUUAUGCUGUGUUAAUGAUUUACAAUUCCAUAUUAUUAUUUUCAUGGUUGUAUAAUUAUUUUGUAUUUGCAUUAGAUGAUAUUGGAAGAGUUAUCAUUCGAUUUUACAAAUGGAAAAAUAAAUAUUUAUCACACAACAAUGUAGAGUAUCAAAAGCCUUUAAUACUAGAUCAAAUUUCAUUUAAUUCAUGGAGAAAUAAAGUUAUAAAAUUUAUUUAUGUACUGACUGAACAUAUUUCAUUUUUUGGAUGUAUUAUUAUUUUAACUAUUAUUGGUGGUCUUAUUUAUGCUAAUAAACAUGAACAUACAAGACCUGAAAAUGCUAUUGGAACUGCAUAUAUUUUUGGUGGUUGUGGUUUUCUUCUUUUUUAUUUUAUUUGUUCAAUUAUUGUUGAUCUUGUUAUUGAAUUAAUCAAAACACACAAAACAUUGGGGUCAAUUCCAUGGAUUGAGUUAUUGCCAUUAUUCUUCCCAUUAAGUUUUGUGUAUUCGAUUCUACAAAAAUUAUUUCAAAAGUGUUCAAAAAAAUUUCAACACUUUAUUGCUAUUAUUUCUGUUAUAUUAUUAACAGGAUGUUUUAUUCUUUUCUUUAUUGCUCUCAUUUUCACAACAGCUGAUGUAAAAAUGUCAAAUGGUAAUUUGUUAGGAUAUUGGAUACUAAAUAUUAUUGCAUUAAUUGGUCAAUUAGCUCCAAUAAUUCAUUACUUAAGAGAAAAACAAAAAAAUACUAAUGAAGAACAUAUUGUGAUUAAACAAAAUUCUUUUGACAAUUCAACUAGUUUUCAACCCAACCAAUGUAUUUCUCCUCAUGGAGAAUAUUCAAGUGAAAUUGAAUUAGUUUCAAAUAAAGUGUUAAAAACAGAGGAUGGGUUUUGUAAAGAUGAAACUCAAAAUAAUGAAAAUGUUCAACUUUCAUUCCCUUUAGAAGAAGAAGUAAGUAAAGACAGUGCAGUGAGUCUAUUCACACUUCUUGAUUCACUAAGAAUGAGAAUUUUUGGAUUUCAUUGGAAAACGUCAUUUCCAUUAAUUUUCUUUUUUACACUGGUAUUUAUGUCUUUUACAAUAUUUGGAACAAAGUCUGUUAAUUCAAUGGCUAAAUUAAGACCUGGAGUAUUAGAUCCUGUUGAAAUGAAUUUUACAAAACCAUCACCAAUAAAUUAUUCUUUGAAACAAAAAAUUACAACUCCUCAAGAAUACUCCCAUCUAUGUACCGAAGAUACAUUUGGAAUUACUCCAAAGGAAUACACAUUAUUAUCUUACAUUGCAUAUGGAGCACCUAGUUAUGUCAUAACUUUUUUACGCAGUCGAGGAUGGAUAAUGGAAAUGAAGAAUGUUAAUCAUUGGUUAUAUUAUCUUAAAGCAAAAAAUCAAAAAACAAAUAUAGAAGUUAUUUCAUUAAGAGGAACUCAUGCCACUCAUGAAGUUCUUCAUGAUAUGCAGUUAUUCCUUGAAUCAUCAGUUCCUAAGAUGUGUUCAACAUUAUUACCAAUAUUUACUGAUGAUACAUUAUCAUGGGUGAGUUAUCUUAUUUCAUAUUUUGGUUCUAACGCAUUCACAAAAGGUUCAUUUAAUCUUAUUACAAUGGCAAGAAAUCUUAUUAUCAAUGAAAUGAAUGUUCACAACUAUAGUCAGUUGGUAUUAAGUGGUCAUUCUCUUGGAGCUGGAAUAGCUCAAAUCGUUGGUACUGAAUUAAAUAUUGAACAUUUCCUUCUUUCACCACCCGGAAUGUCACUUGUAAAACAUAACUUCAAUAUGUCUAAAGAGCGUUUGAGUGUUCUUAGUAGAUCACUUUUCUCAGAAAGAGAUCCUGUAUCUGUUUUAGGUGAAGGAACUGGCCAACAAAUCAAAAUUCCUUGUUAUGAUGAUCCAGUUAGUUGUCAUAUGCCUGAUACAACAAGUUGUAUGAUUGGAGCAUUGUGUCAUGACUCAGACAUGCAAAGUUUUUGUUCUAAAAAGUGGGAAAAAUGGGCUUACAACCCAAACGAUUGGGACUGA